AUGGAGCGGCGCGUGCGGACUGCUGCAGCAGCAGCAGCAGCAGCAGCAGCAGGCGCAGCAGCGCGAGCAGCAGAAGAACGCAGCUUUCCCCAGUCCCCAGAACCCCUCGAACUCUCCACUCUCUCUCCGGACUUCUACGGAAAUACCCUCCAGAGGGGCCCCCGGGGGGGCCUCCGCAGCAGCACAGCAGCAUUUUUGGCGUGGCUGUCUUUGAGUGUUGCUGCAGGUUUUGCUGCGGGGGCCCUCACGGCCGAGAGCCUGCGCCGGGCCCUCAGUCUCCACCGGGAAGCAGCAGCAGCAGCAGCAGCAGCAGAACUCGGCUUUGCUGCUGCAGCAGCAGGCGACGACGCAGCAGCAGACACCGACGACGAACUUGCCCCGGAAACCCACGACACUGCAGCAGCAGCAGCAGCAGCAGCAGAUCUAGGAUGCGCAGCCGCAGAAGCAGACGUUGCUGCUGCUGCAGAUAUUCACGCUGCAGCAGCAGCAGCAGCAGCAGCAGCAACGGAAACGGACCCCGAAGACGAAGCAGCAGCAGCAGGUCUAGGCUUUGCAGCAGCAGACUUGCAAGAUGCAGCAGCAACGCAUAUAGGCGCUGCAGCAGCAGCAGCAGCACAGAAAAAGGAUGCAGCAGCAGCAGCAGCAGCACAGAAAAAGGAUGCAGCAGCAGCAGCGCUGGCAGCAAAAAAACCAGAAAGUGAAGCAGCAAGUGACCGAGAGGCAAAAGCAACAGCAAAAGCGAAAGAAGCAGCAGCAGCAGCAGCAGCAGCUGCAGCAGCAACAGCAGCAGAAGCAAAGGCUAAACGCGAAAAAGACACAGCGGCAGAGGGUAAAGCAGCAGCAGCAGCAGCAGCAGCAACGACAGCAGCCAACGCACCAGCAGCAACAGGAGACCGAGCAGCAGCAAAAACAGCAGCAGCAGCAGCAGCAGCAGAAGAAGAAUCAGAAGCAACAUCACCAUCAUCAGGGUAUUUCAAGAUAUCAACAAUAUCCCUAGCAGCAGCAAAAGAAGCAGCAGCAGCAGCAGCAGCAGCAGCAGCAGAAGCAGCAGAAGCAUCUUCCCCAUUAUCAGGAUAUUUUAAAAUAUCAACAGUAUCUCUAGCAGCAGCAGACGAAGCAGCAGAAGCAAAAGCAGCAGCAGCAGCAGCAGCAGACACAGCAGCAGAAGCAGCAUCGCCGGUAUUAGAAUACUUCAAAAGGUCAACAGUGUCUUUAGCAGCAGCAGACGAAGCAGCAGAGGCAGCAGCAGCAGCAGCAGCAGCAGCAGACACAGCAGCAGAAGCAGCAUCGCCAGCAUCAGAAUAUUUCAAAAGGUCAACAGUGUCGCUAGCAGCAGCAGACGAAGCAGCAGAAACAGCAGCAGCAGCAGUAGCAGCAGCAGCAGCAGACGAAGCAGCAGAAUCUGCAGCGCCAUCAUCAGGAUACUUUAGGGUAUCAACAGUAUCUCUAGCAGCAGCAGAAGCAGCAGAAACAGCAGCAGCAGCAAAAUCGGCAGCAGCAGCAAAAUCAGCAGCAGCAGCAGCAGCAGCAACAGACGGAGCAGCAGGAUCAGCAGCACCAUCACCAGAGUAUUUUAAAAGAUCAACAGCAUCUCUAGCAGCAGCAGAUGAAGCAGCAGAAGCUGCAGCAGCAGCAGCAGACAAAGCAGCAGAAGCAGCAGCACCAGCAACAGGAUAUUUCAAAGUAUCAACAACAUCUCUAGCAGCAGCAGAUGAAGCAGCAGCAGCAGCAGCAGCAGCAGACAACGCAGCAGCAGCAGCGCCUGCCUCAGGAUAUUAUAAGAUGUCAACAUUGUCCCUAGCAGCAGCAGACGAAGCAGCAGAAGCGCCAGCAGCAGCAGCAGCAGCAGCAGCAGCAAGGGCGGCAGCAGCAACAGCAGACAAAUCACCAGAAGCAGCAGAGCCAUCAUCGGGAUAUUUUAAGAUAUCAACAAUAUCUCUAGCAGCAGCAGAUGAAGCAGCAGCAGCAGCAGCAGCAGCAGACGAAGCAGCAGCAGCAGCAGCAGCAGCAGACGAAGCAGCAGCAGCAGCAGCAGCAGCAGCAGCAGCAGCAGCAGACGAAGCAGCAGCAGGACCCCCAACAACAGGCUAUUUUAAAAGAUCAACAAUCUCUCUAGCAGCAGCAGACGAAGCAGCAGCAGCAGCAGCAGCAGCAGCAGCAGACGAAGCAGCAGCAGGAUCCCCAACAACAGGCUAUUUUAAAAGAUCAACAGUGUCUUUAGCAGCGGGUCUGCUUCGUCGUCGUCGAGCAGCAGCAGCAGCAGCAGGAGCCGGCCUCAGAAUAUUUUAA